UGACUGACAGCGUCAGCAGCCAAUCGGAGCUCAGCAACGGUCCGUCCGGUAUCCUCAGUCGAGUUUCGCAGCCGAGUCGGGUGGGGGUCAAAGAUACGCAGAGAAACGGGCUGCUGGUGGCGAAGAUGGCGGAUGGGGACAGUGGCAGUGAGCGCGGUGGAGGCAGCAGCAGCGGUGGCGGAGGCAGAGGAGGCAGAGGAGGCGGAGGCGGAGGUGGCGGCGGCGGCGGAUUUCAGCAUUACCAACGGGAAACGGAGACCCAGGAGCUGGCGUCGAAGCGUCUGGACAUUCAGAACAAACGCUUCUACCUCGACGUGAAGCAGAACGCCAAAGGCCGGUUCAUCAAAAUCGCCGAAGUCGGCGCCGGGGGCUCUAAAAGUCGACUGACCCUCUCCAUGUCAGUCGCGGCGGAGUUCCGCGACUACCUGGGGGAUUUCAUCGAGCACUACGCCCAGCUCGGGCCUAGCUCCCCGGAGCAGAUCGCUCAAUCAUCCGGCGGGGACGAACCCGGGCCUAGGCGGGCCUUGAAGAGCGAGUUCCUGGUGCGCGAGAACCGAAAAUACUACCUCGACCUGAAAGAGAACCAGCGGGGUCGCUUCCUCCGGAUCCGGCAGACCGUCAACCGAGGCCCCGGUUUUGGAGUCGGAGCGGGUGGCAUCCCCGGGUCCGGGCUGCAGGCCGGACAGACCAUUGCUCUUCCGGCGCAGGGCUUGAUAGAGUUCCGCGACGCCUUGGCCAAGUUAGUAGACGACUACGGGGGAGAUGAAGAGGAGCUGGCCGGCAGCGCGGGGGGGCCCGGCGGCUACAGCGAGCUUCCGGAGGGCACCUCCAUCAUGGUGGACUCGAAGCGGUUCUUCUUCGACGUCGGAUCCAACAAGUACGGAGUUUUCUUACGGGUGAGCGAAGUGAAGCCCAGCUACAGGAACUCUAUAACGAUCCCCUUCAAGGCGUGGGGCAAGUUCGGGGGCGCGUUCAGCCGCUACGCCGAGGAGAUGAAGGAGAUCCAGGAGCGGCACCGGGAUAAGAUGUACGAGAGGAGAACCGGAGAGGAGUCGGAGGGCGAAGAGGAGCUGGACGACGACUGACCCGGAGAGAGUGGGGUCGGUGGCGGCCACUCGUGAGGAGGGAAACUGAUGAAACCUGAUCCAAAAGCCUGGCGAUAAACAAGAUAGGAACGACUAUUCUGUGCAUGACGAAUCGAACUUUAAAAUGCUAGAACAACCGAGUACAAAUUAUAUAUAUAUAUAUAAAAUCACUGAGAAAUAACUGUCUAUAUAAGAUAAUCAUGUCCUAAAGUUUAGGUGGAUGUUAUAGCUAUAAAUGAGGUCAGACUGCAGUAGUCAGCUCCCUGUAUAAGAUUCCCCAUUGAUAUACAAACUAAAUCUAUAUAUAUAUGAAUAUAUAUAUUUGUAUAUUGAUUCUUUAUUUGAUAAUCUUUCCAUGUAAUGUUAGCCACAGCAAAUUUAAGCUUGACAGUGCUCAAGAUGCACCAAUAGCUCACCGGACCCACUACCGGUGUGAUGUUAUAAUGGUAAGAGGCUCACCUGGUGCUAACCUGUAGUCUGCUUGAUGAUGAUGGUGAUGAUGAGGAGGAGGAAGAAGUUUUGGGAUGUGUGUGACACACACCAGGUGCAGAGUGGGACGAACAACCUGCAAACCCCCCCCCCACCGUCCACUCAGCCCAGCGAGUUCCUGGAAGGUGAUCGGUUACAAGCACACACAGCUCGUUUUUUUCCCGAUUUCUCCGGACAAUCCAAAACUAGUCCAACCGACCUCUCUCUCUCCCCCCCCCUCCCUGGGCGUCCCUCAGGUGCUAACUUCCUGCUCCGAAAUCUGUAUUUUGCAGAUAUAUAUCGGCAUCACCUGUGUCUGCAUCAUCCUCAACAGGGGUGCAGAAUCUGGUCAGCCAGUAUGACGCAGGCCCAUGUUUGACCCCUGUGACCUUUUUGUCACAGGAGUCACAGUGAGGUCGAGGCUUCUAGCAUCGGUCGAGAUUUCUUUCUCGAAAAAAAAAGAAGCUUAAUAUUGCCGAGCUUUCGCGAGUAGUCCUUGUUGGACUUAUUUAGGGCCAUUUGGAUGCUUUGUAAUCUUGAACCAUUAACGACUGAAACCAGAUUCAGUCUGAUUGUCAGAACAAUUCGGUCCUCUUGGUAAACAAAACCCACAGUGGGGCGCUGUACCUUUUUAAGAAAAUAUAUAUCUACAUAUAUAAAGUGGAAGAGAUUUGGGAGUUUUUCCUGGUCCGAUGUGAGGUUUUGGGGCAGGGAUGUCUAUGUGUACAGAUUGUAAAGCACUCCGAGACAAAUUUGUGAAAUUGGGCUAUACAAAUAAACUGAAUUGAAUUGAAUUUACUUACUAAAAAUAUAAAGUAUAGAUAUAAAUAUUUUUUAAAUGAUGUAUUCAAAUAUGUCUGAGACCUUAUUAGAUAAUUCUGCCUAAAAGUGGCUUAUUUAAAUAAUAAAAAACACUAAACUUGGACGCACCUGUCCAGGGUGAUUAUGUUUCAUACAUGCAUACAUGAUUCCGUAGAGGACAUUUUCAGAAGAGUACGGCGAAUUGAUAGCGACGUAUGUUGGAGCAAUUUCUAUAAACUUAAUUGAACGCGCAGCACUCCAGUUCACUUUACAAAGCAUCGAGUCUCACCACGUUUCACCACGUUUCUGUGUCAUGGUGUUGCAUCAGCUGCCAGGAGACGCAAAACAUAAACACCUGCAAUCAUCCACAUUUAUGUCUUUCGUGUUCCCCUUUUAAAAAAUAUUAUACUUUAGUUUUUGCAUGCGUGCGUGCUCUUACGCGGAGCUGCCUUGUGUUCUUAUAUUUUGCUUUAUUCUGAUUGCUGUAUGAUGGUAUUGAUCUUUUUUCCCCUUUUUUUUAGAGCGGUUUCAAGUUUUUUUCUCUUGCAAAUGAAAAAAAAAGUGUUUUCGUUUUAACUUUGCAGCCUAAUAAAAGAAAAAAAAUUAAGCUACACAAGUUCCCGUGCGUUGGGAAAAAUUUCACUAUCAUCGUCCCACUUCCUCUGGUUGAAUUUAUACUAAACACAGCAGAGAAAUGCCAUAUGGAAAAAAAACAAAUAAACACAUGGGAGCAAUAGUUUUUUUAAUAUUCAUAGAAAUAUUCUAUAUAUAUAUAUAUAAUCUUACACAUGAGUUUGAGCUACAUCCUGUACUGUGUUAUGUGAAAUGGCAGCUGUUUCAGUCGUGUUUGUUCUGCUGUAAUAUCCAACAAGUUCCUUUCAAUGAAAAAUAAAAACGUUUUUUUUGCUCAGAA